CCAUAAAUCACCCUUCACCGCCCUCCUCCCUGUUUGCGACCUUCUCUGGUCUCAUCUCCUUCCUGUUGACAGUAAAGAGAAAAGGAACAAAGAAAAACAAAAUACGCUCAUCUUCUAUCUGACCGAAAUUAAAUCAUUUAUAUAUAUUUUUAAUUGAGACUGGGAUUGAGAAGAUAUGGCUACUACGAGAAAGGAAAUGGAUAGGAUCAAGGGGCCAUGGAGUCCAGAAGAAGAUGAGGCGCUGAAAAAGCUAGUUCAAAGACAUGGUCCGAGGAACUGGUCGCUAAUAAGCAAGUCAAUCCCCGGUCGAUCAGGUAAAUCAUGCAGGCUCCGUUGGUGCAACCAGCUCUCACCUCAGGUCGAGCACCGUGCCUUCACUCCCGAAGAAGACGACAGGAUCAUCCGAGCCCACGCUCGUUUUGGCAACAAAUGGGCUACAAUUGCCCGUCUCCUCAACGGACGCACCGACAACGCCAUUAAAAACCACUGGAACUCCACUCUCAAACGGAAGUGCUCUUCUAUGACAGAUGACGGUAAUAACUCCAAUCUCGAGGGGUAUGAUGGUAAUUUGGAUGUUGAUGAUACUCAGCCCUCCAAGAGAUCGGUCAGCGCAGGUUCUGGUGUGCCUAUCUCUACGGGGCUCUACAUGAGCCCGGGCAGCCCCUCUGGAUCUGACGUCAGCGACUCGAGCCCGCCCGGUUUAUCAUCUGCUCAUAAUCAUAAUAUAUACCGCCCCGUUGCCCGAACCGGAGGGGUUUUGCCUCCGGUUGAAGCGGCAUCAUCACCUGACAACAACGACGACGACCCACCUACCUUACUGAGUUUAUCUCUACCCGGGGCUGAUCCAGCAACCAAGUUGCCCAACCGAGUCGUCGAGCCAACUCAGGAGCGAGUCGCCGGUCCAACUCAAGAGCGAGUCGCCGGUCCAACUCAGGAGCGAGUCGCCGGGUCAACUCAGGAGCCAAAACCCAAUACAGUGACAUCCUUUUUGGUGGCAGCGGACCCAGCCCAGGUGACCACCCCGGGAGUGGCUAGUACGACUGGACGGCCCGGAUGCGGUUAUGUUGGGUUGAGCAGGGAGCUAAUGACGGUGAUGCAAGAGAUGAUAAGGAGGGAAGUGAGGAAUUAUAUGAUGGAACAGAGUGGUGGGGGCAUGUGUUAUCAGGGUAUGAGUGGAGGGGGGUUUAGGAAUGUUGCAGUGAAUAGGGUUGGAGUUGGUAAGAUUGAGUAAUGAAAAAUUAUGAGCUUAAAAAAAAGGUGAGAAAUGUGGACAGAGUAGAGUGUAGGGAGAGAGAGAGAGAGAACUGGGCUUUUGUUCUUUCUCUUUUUGUUAGGGAAUAAUUUUGGGAUUGUACAGAGUGUGCGCGUGAGAGAGAGAGAGAGAGAGAGAGAGAGAGAGGGUAAAAGGUGCAAAAUGAUGUUGAGAGAAUGCAUUGAGAGUUGAGAGAGAGAGAAGAAAUGGUAAAAAUUGAGACAUUUGUGUAAACUGGAUUGUUGUUUUGAUGAGGGAACUGAAAAACUUGCAACAAGAACACCAAAAAAAAGAGAGGUCAUUCUAAGAUUUAUUCUAAGCUUGGUCUUAAUGUCUCAACUCUCAACUGGUUUUUAUUUUUUUAUUUUAUUAUGAAUCGUGUGGCUGUCUAUUUUAUUUUUUCCCUAA